AUGGCUUGGGAUCUUCCCGAGCAUGGGAUAUUGGACCCACUCUUCUCGAAGAAGCUUUUGCCGCUUCGGAUUGCCGAGCUUUUUUCCUUACGGGAUUCUUCUUUCGGCUCCGCUGCUUCCCCGCGAUUGGCCGCCUCUCUGUCCGUCCAUGAUGUUCGAUCCUCCGGUUCGAGCGCGACUCCUCCGGCCCAUGAGGGGCGUCAAUGUGUGCUACCAUGUGGGGCCGCUGAUGUCGAUUCGUUGCUUCGGUCUGUCCCUUUCUGUGCUUUGCGACCGCCUCCUACUCAUGUCCAGAAGCCCGAACGAUUCUUGCAGUGGGUUGCUGAGGGCUGUGCCGGCCGAUCUCCCACUCCUGGGGAGAUCUUGGUCCUCACUUCUGACGGUUCUUUCAAUGCGGUUGAAUCUAGGGCUGGUUGGGCGGUUGUGUUAAGCCUCGUUUCGGCCGACACGCUUCGACUGCCGGGCCAGUUUAUAGGCUGCUUUUACGGCUCCGUUAGUGACUUCCUGCCGGCCCUUCUGGACGAAGAGGCAAGUUUCGAUGCAUACUUGGCGGAGAUCUCUGGCCUGUUGUGGGCCGCUGUUGCUGCGCUUCAGCUGCCGCACAAUGCCUCGGUUCUGUUUCGGGCUGACAAUUGGGCCGCUCUGCAAGGGGUUGCGGGCAAUGUCAGUCUCAAGGAUCACACUCUUUGCACCGGGGCCAGAAACCUGCAUAUCGCUCACCAGACUGUACGCGGUGCGCAGGCCCUCUACCAACACGUUCCUGGGCAUGCUGGCGAUUGCGCCAAUGAGCUUGCGGACGGAUUGGCGGAGCUUGGUUCUCGAGGCCGUUCCGAAGCGCUGCCUUUUCAUUUCAAUGCCUGCUUCUGGCUUUCCGACCGUGGCCUUGCCAUUCGAUGGUUGCCUCAUCUUUGUCUUACACGUGAAAGGCCGGCGGAAGUUCCUAGCCUGCGGAAUAACAUGCUUUCCUGGUCUAAGGACACAGGGGUGUGCUCGAUGGAUUCGGAGUCGGUCCUCCGGCCUUUUCUGCGUGCCGUGCCUGCCGUAGAUAGCUGUGCCCGAGCUCCCGCUCAUCGACAUUUCUCUCUCUGUAUUGCCACAUUUAAUGUCCUGUCCCUUCUUGAUCCCUUGCCCGUCAGGGAGUCUUCCUCGGGGCUGCACGGCAUUAUAGGCAGGGUCAAUCUCUUGCGAGCUAGUCUUGAGGCUAAAGGGGUGCACAUCGCUGGUCUCCAGGAAUGUCGCACGCCAGAAGGGGUCAUGCGCUGCGGCCCGUUUCUACGACUGGCUUCGGGCUGUGAGGAAGGGUCGCGAUUUGGUGUCGAGUUGUGGCUACAUGAUGCCUCUCCUAUUCUGGCCAGCAGCGCGGUUGUCCUGCACGCCGAGCCCACUCUUCUUGUUGUCAGUGCCUAUUUUCAUUGCAGCCGACUGAACAUACUUGUGGCUCAUGCGCCGCAUCGUGCCCACACUGAGGAACAUCGUCAGGCUUGGUGGGCUCGGGUUUGUGCUGUCUGUGGUGCUCACUCCAGAGGAGCUAAUUGGAUUUGUCUGAUUGACGGCAACUGCCGGAUUGGCAGCGUCCCGGAUGCCCAUGUUGGCCCUUGGCAGGCUGACGAGGAGGAUUUCUCUGGGUCCCUCUUUCGAGACCUGUUGCGCUCCUUGAAUGUAUGGGUGCCGUCCACGUUCCGCGGAUGUAUGGAGGGGCCGGGUGGCACAUUGCUUCAAAAACGUAACGGUGCGCUCGUUCGCUCUGAUUACAUCUGCCUGCCUCUGACGUGGCAGUCUGCCUUUUGCUCGGUUUGUGUUGCUCCUGAGCUCUCGGCUGGCCACGUUUGUGAGGACCACUAUGCAUCUGUUGCGCAGGUUCAACUUUCCUUCACAGGUAAGCCGUCUAAGCAAGUGCGGCCUGUGCGCAUUGAUGCGAGUGCCAUUUCUAAUCCCGACAAUGCCCCGGCUGUUCAGGCUAUUUUAAGUUCUGCGCCGCGACCUGGCUGGGAGGUUGAUGUGAGUGAGCAUGCUGCCUUGCUUGUUGACCAUGUCUACACUGGACUGUCUCAAUGCUUCCCUGUGCCGCGACGUCGUCUUCGAGGUCAGCAUUUUUCGGAGCGCGCGCAGCAGCUACACGCCACCGUCGCCAGGCUUCGACAUUCCUUGAGGUCCAGGCGGGCCGCCUUGCGAUGUGCCUAUCUCCGCUGUGUGCUCCUGGCUUGGGCCCAGGCGUCGCUCGACUUCACAUCUCUUUUCUCCGGACACUGGCUCUGGCUCCUGCGCGCUCGUAUCGGCCUUGACUGUCUUUUGCUCCAUCGCAAUGGCUCGCUCCUUAAGCGGCAGUGCAAGGAUGAUAGGAAUGCCUACUUUGACACCCUCGCGGCCGGGAUCGAUGCGGCCCCUGCUGGCGAGGUCCAUCGCGCUGUUCGUAAGGUCCUUGCGCCAAAGCGAUUUAGGCGUUCUUCGGCCGACCCGCUUCCCAUGUUGCGGCGGGCUGAUGGCACUCUUUGUACCAGCAUGGAUGAGGUCACUGCCACUUGGCGUGAGCAUUUCAGUGCUUUGGAGGACGGAUGCCCCACUUCCGAGGACUCCUUAGUUGCUUCUUGCAGGUUGCGCCAAGCGUGCUUCGAAGGUUCUGAUUCUGUUGAUUCUGGGACGGUGCCGACUUGGGAUGCCUUUGAGUCUGCUCUCCGACACACGAAGCCUGGCAAAGCAUGCGGUCCGGACCUCCUUCCUCCGGCAUUGUGCAGGGUUUUCGGUUCCCAGCUUGCUCAGACUUUCUGGCCCCUUAUGCUCAAGGUCGUCUGUCAUGCGGCUGAACCUGUUGGUCUUAAGGGGGGUCUCCUGCACCAUAUCGCCAAGCCCAACAUCGCUCUCAGACACACCUGCGCUGGCAGGCGUGGCAUUCUGGUUCAGUCUUGCCUGUCCAAAGCGCUGCAUCGCACUGUUCGUGCGCUUGCGGUCAAGCAUUGGGACACUCAUGCUCUACCCUUGCAAAUAGGGGGCCGCCGUGGAUGUAGUGCCGCUAUUGGGCACUUCUGCUCCAGAGCCUUCCUUCACUUUGCAAGGAGAACAAGCCGUUCUUCAGCCAUUCUCUUUGUAGACCUCGCCUCGGCAUACUAUGCUGUUGUGCGUGAGACGGUGCUGGGCGAAGGACUGGGACACAGGUCAAUUGAGGACAUUGCGGCUUCUCUUGGCCUUAGUCGCGAGAAUCUUCAACAACUACAGCACUACAUUUCUUCUGAGCCGGUCUUGGAGCAGCAAGACGCCUCCCCGCUUUUCCUUGAGCUCGCGAGGGAGCUCCAUGCCAGUACCUGGUUCAUCCUACAUGGGGACACGCAGCUUGUUGAAACUCACAGGGGGACCCGCCCUGGAGGCUCCCUUGCAGACAUUGUGUUCAAUAUCCUCUUCGCGAAAGUUCUGCAGCGGAGACUUUCGCCGGCUAUGGAGGUUUCCCUGCCCAAGGUUCCUUGGCAUGGUCAGCGCACGCCUUUUCCGGACCCGGACUGCCCCGUGCAAGACCAUGUUGUUCGAGACGUCGUAUACGCUGAUGACCUUGCUACCUUCGUGGUCAGUCCUUCGGCACAAAGGCUUCCGCGCUUGCUUGCUGACGUCGCAGCCACGACCCUUGAUACACUUGCUCCUCAUGGCCUUCGGGCGAAUCUAGGGCCCACCAAAACGGCCGCCAUUGUCGCCCCCGCUGGAGCAGGAGCGCGGGCCGCUCGCAAACACCUUUUUGUGGACAUGCGUGGACAUAUGCCUGUUUGGCCUGAGAACGCUGGGCUUGCACGGCUUGAUCUGGUCACGCGCUAUAGGCACCUGGGUUCCUAUCUCACGCAUAAUGGCAGCCUGCUUCCUGACAUCCGGUAUCGCCUGGCGCUUGGGAGGGCUGCCUUCCGCGAGGGGAAGCGGAAACUUUUUGCCUGUCAGCAGAUUGCUUUAGGUCGCCGUGCCCAGCUUUUCCGUGUUCAUGUCCUGGGGGUUGUCCUUGCUGGCACUGGGGCCUGGCCUCAACUCAAUGCCCAGGAAUGGAGCGCCUUCUCAGGUGGUUUGAUCGGGCUAAACAGGAGGCUCCUUGGACCGUCUGCAACUGGCACAUGGCAUAUGACAGAGGCCCAGAUCCUCGCGUGGACGGGGUUGCCUGCGCCUAGGGCACUUCUGCAUGUUGAGAGGCUGCGCUUCUUGGGCCAGCUGGUGCGAAGCGGUCCUGCCGCAGCUUGGGCUCUCAUCGGUUGGUACGGGCCUUAUGUUAGCGCCUUGGAGGACGCUGGUUGUUGGUUGCUCUCCGCCCUUCGGGGCACCUGCCCUCUUGGACCUCUGUCGGAGUCGUGGCCCGCGUGGCAGGAGCUGCUCCGAGAUCGCCCCGGCCAGUGGAAGGGGCUGCUCAAGCGUGCCGAGGCUUGGCACGUGCAGGCACAAGGGCUUCAGGCAUCGCUGGACACCUUCGCUCGCGCGGCAUGGUCGCCGGCUGUGGAUGUCCCAGACCCGAGCCUUGCGGCGCUUCGGGCCUGCUCUCACGCCUGUCUUGUGUGUGGCUUAGCAUUUCGCUCUUUGCAAGCUUGGGGAUCUCAUGCGCACCGCAAGCAUGGGUAUCAUUGUCGCGCUCACCUUCUUGCGGUUGGGCGUCGGUGCCAAGCCUGUGGCCUCACCCUUGCCAACACUUCUCGGUUACGCAGGCACCUGGAUUCGUCGGCUGCUUGUCGACAGCUCCUCGCUACUCCUGGGGCUUCCCCACUUUUUCCGCCUGAUCACUCGGAGGGACACCCGCAGGAGCCCGCCGUUCGUGAUGCGACUCGUCCUGUCCGUGUCGCUGCCCAGCAUGAAUGUUCCCCGGAGCUUCUUGCAGCGCUAGCAGCUCUUAAGCCAAGCACAGAUAUGGACGUGUACGAGACGGUCGUUCGCUUUAUCUCCCCCCUGCCCGUCCUGCGUGACACUUUGCAGGUUUGGUUGUCGGAGGUCUCUGAUUUAGCGAUUGCCGAGAUGGGGGAAAAUGUCCUUUUGGUCUUGCACCCGGAGCACAUUUGUUCGGCAGUGGCGGGCAAGCCUCAGGAGUCGAAUGACCAGCAUGUCUUCUUGCCCCUUCUGCGGACUCCACUUGCUGGACCGACUGACCACUCCUUGCCUGUCGUUUGGGUUGGGCACAUCUGUCCACGUUGGGUUCAGACCUGGCAACUUGGCGCGCUGCCGCCUGUGCCUUGCGGACUUGAGGACGUGAUUGCCGGUGCAUUCCCGCAGGCCGCGGGUUUCUGUAUUGCCCUGCCCUCUUUGCCCUCACCAGUUUCGGUCUUCUUCCGUCCCGAUGCCAUGCCCCUUAAGUGUUUGCGGGCACUUUGCGCAUGGCUCGAUCGUGCGCUUAAAGCACUUCUGGUCGUCCUGCGCCAAGCCCAGUCGGGCGUUCCGGCUCUUGUGCGUUUCCCUAUCUCCGCUGAGUCUUUGCAACCCCUGUCUGGCUGGCUGCUCAGCCUUGCGGAGCUUGAUGCCGGUUCGCUUCGGCCUUCUUGUUUCACCGUCGAAUUCACUCCGUAG